GGUUUAGCCAAACAAAUGGGUUUCGGGGCGAGCGUUGGGCUCCGCCGCGCUGCGCUGAGCUCCCGGUCCGCCUCAGUCUCGGGGAGCGAGUCAGGCCUGCCGCCGCCGCAUCGGGCUGCCGCAGCCCCGGGCCAGGCCCCGGCCGGGCAGAAGCACAGGAUGCCUUUAUCCCAUUUUGCCAGUCAGCUUCGGAAAGACUUAAGCACUGAAAUGAUUCGAACUAGCAUUGCUCACAGGAAGUCCUUGUCACAGAAAGAAAACAGACACAAGGUGUAUGAACGAAACAGGCAUUUCGGCUUGAGAGAUGUCAACAUUCCACUGGAAGGUAGAGAUCUUGUUAAUAUACCUGAGUUGCCUCAAAGCCUCGCUCCAGAAAAGGCCAGUACCAAAACGAGAUUACCCUAAAUUUCAAGAGAGGGAAUGACAUCGCCUUCCACUUUAACCCCCGCUUCAAUGAGAACAACAGGAGAGUCAUUGUGUGCAACACCAAGCAGGCUAACAACUGGGGAAAGGAAGAGAGACAGUCAGCUUUUCCAUUUGAAAGCGGCAAACCGUUCAAAAUACAAGUCCUGGUGGAACCUGACCACUUCAAGGCUGCAGUCAACGAUGCAGUACAAUCAUCGGAUGAGAAAUCUCCGGGAGAUCAACCAGAUGGAGAUUUCUGGUGACAUAACCCUUACCAGUGCUGUACCCACCAUGAUCUAAUCCAGAGGGGGCAGCUCUUAUAACUGAAGUGUCAUGCAAAGGCUCCGUGCUCAUUCUGAGUGGAAAACUUUACACUUAUUCCUCCUUAACCUUCUUGUUAAGGCAUCCAUUUAAUAAAUAUUCCCGUGCUGACGGA